ACGGCAGAAAGAUAACCACACCAAUUCUUCUCACUGACACCUAAGAUUCAGUGACAGCCAGUUCGAUCUUGUGCAUCAUGUCUGAGUACGACCGAAUCGAUUUCGAGAUGCUCGAAGAAGACGAUGAUGAUUAUGAUGGCCCCGACGCAUAUGUCGACGAGGAAGAUGAUACUGUCUUGGAUUUAGAGGACAUGCAAGAGUCUAUGCGGGAGCGCACCGGAGUCCCACAGGGAUCACCUAUGUUGCGCCAAAUCUUCCUAUCGUUAUUUGACUCACAAAAUGCACACCGGACUGACACUGGUGGUAACGGUAACGGAAGUGAACCUCGACAGCUCAGGACCAUCAGUAUUCAAGACUUGCAGCGUUUGCUGAACUCACGUUCUGUGGAGUCUCCUAAUGAUUAUGAUGAAUAUGACGACGACGACGACGACGAAAUUGGACCCACAGGAGACUGGAACCAGCAAUGGCACCCUCCGCACAAGGAACCUCAGCAGCUAGGGGUCGAGCUCCUCAUGGGGGGAGAAUUCGGUUCUGUGAGUUCGAAGAUCAGGAGCAGGAGAAACAAAAAGAAUAUCUCGCGAAUGAUCCUCGACCAGUCUUCUCGACUCCGAGGGGCGAUUUCUAGAGAGAAUAUGACUAGCGAUAUCAUUCCGAAUACGAAUGGAACUGCUGUUGCGUCCUACGCCGCAAACGUUUACUGUGGACAAUUCUCGAAAGAUUCUUCAUUUUACUAUACCUGCUGUCAAGAUUUUCGCCUUCAUAUCUAUGACAUGACUUCACCUCCUUCGCCGUACAUCAAGCGACAAAGGAACAUGCGGCGCAGCGCUACAGGAGUUUGGGAUGAUAGCGACCGAGACCAUGACACAACCCUCAGGAUAUUGAAAACUAUACAGGGGUGUACUGGUCGUUGGACAAUUACAGAUUCUCAUUUGAGUCCUGACAACGAAAGAAUGAUUUACUCGUCAAUUUCACCCACGGUGUACAUGACAAACACACUCGACUCAUCGGUCACCCAAACUGCCAUCAGCUUUAAGGAUCCUAAUCAACGCCAGCGAGCUCGUGCACACUGGGGCUGGGAUGACGACUCAUUUGGCAUCUGGAGCUGUAGAUUCUCCGCAGAUGGAAAUGAGGUCGUGGCUGGUGGCAGCGGCCAAAUAUUUGUUUAUGACCUCUUGGCUGAUCGUAGGACAGUCAAGAUUCUUGCACACGAAGAUGAUGUGAACAGCUGCUGUUGGGCCGACACUGCAUCGGGAAAUGUGCUAAUCAGUGCCUCUGAUGAUACGUUUUUGAAAGUUUGGGACCGGCGUUCAUUAGGUGCAUCACAGAAACCGUCAGGAGUUUUGGUGGGCCAUACAGAGGGUAUUACCAAUGUCUCGGCAAAAGGUGAUGGCCGUUAUAUCAUCUCGAACGGAAAGGAUCAGGCCUUACGGUUGUGGGAUUUGCGGAAGAUGUGCAGCGGCGAGGACUUUGACAAAGUUGCUGACCGUGAAUAUAGGUUACGUGGAUUCGAUUACCGCAAUGGUCAUUACCCGAAACCAAGGCGUGCUGCGCACCCAAAUGACUGUAGCGUUAUGACCUACAGAGGUCAUGCUGUCUUACGCACACUUAUCCGAUGCCACUUUAGUCCGGCUGAGACGACAGGUGGACAGUACAUUUACUCCGGUUCAGCAGAUGGGAAAAUACACAUAUGGUCACUCGACGGACGCAUAGUCCAGGUUCUCGAUCGCUCGAAGACGUCGCCCAUGUCAUUCGAUCCCUCCGCAGAGGAGUGCAGACUCCCCACUAGCACUAAUAGCACAGUCUGUGUACGAGAUGUCAGCUGGAACGGCAAUGAACCAAUGAUGAUGAGCGCUGGUUGGGAUGGGGGCCAUUCAUUGUCGAAGAGCGUCGUCGCGCGUCACGAAUGGAAAGGUCUCUCCAAGAUGUCGUACGGUCUGGAGGAUUGGAUGGAGAAGCAGAACGUAGAGCGUGACGAAAGGGCUACGCGCACUAGACGAACAUUACGAAUCCCCGGUGCAUUUGAUAUCGAAGAGAAUGAAUAGAGGGUGCCUAGGAGAGGCGUGAUGCCUGUAAUAUUAUGAUUCUACUUGGAUAUUUAUAUGUUGUACAUUGGAAUUAGUCGUUGUGUAGAGUAUUUACGGUACCGAUUGUAUGAUACUUGAUGCUGCAUUGCUGCAGUUUCUGCUGCGCACAAUGAACUCCAUGCGCCACU